UCGUAGUGUAAAACUAUUUAGUAUUAUUCGAAAAAUUUGUCCUUUAUUUUUCUCAAAAGCGAUUACAAUGGCACAUAUUAAUUUGAAUGGAAAGCAUCCAGUGGAAGAAGAACGCUUAGUUGACAUGGCAGACUGCGCCUCAACAUCGAAACAAGCGCUUAAAAAGAGCCGUCCGAAUUCAAAGAUAGUGACAAAUACAGGUAUAACGACUGGUGCGCAAAAAGCGGAUCAAAUGCCAGCCGUAAAUGGGCCCCCAGGUCUGGAGAAGCUAGAACCUACUAAAAAACCUAACACUAGAUUGCAAAAACGGUUGCAAAGCCAGCAAUCAAGUAAUGGAGCUCACACAGCUACUGAUCAAUCUUUCUUUUUAAUGCCAACCCCGAUAGAACCUACUAAAAAACCUAACACUAGAUUGCAAAAACGGUUGCAAAGCCAGCAAUCAAGUAAUGGAGCUCACACAGCUACUGAUCAAUCUACCUUUUUAAUGCCAACCCCGAUAGAUCCAAAAGAUAUAAUAGAAACAUCUCAGAGGCUUGACAUGGCAGACUGCGCCUUGAUGAAUAAACCAUCAACAUCGAAACAAGCACUUAGAAAGCGCGGCCCAAAUUCAAAGAUAAUCAUAAAUGCAGGCACAACGACUGCUCCCCAAAAAGCGGAUCCAAUGCCAGCCGUAAAUGGGCCCCCAGAACUGGAGAAGCUAGAACCUACUAAAAAACCUAACACUAGAUUGCAAAAACGGUUGCAAAGCCAGCAAUCAAGUAAUGGAGCUCACACAGCUACUGAUCAAUCUUUCUUUUUAAUGCCAACCCCGAUAGAACCUACUAAAAAACCUAACACUAGAUUGCAAAAACGGUUGCAAAGCCAGCAAUCAAGUAAUGGAGCUCACACAGCUACUGAUCAAUCUUCCUUCUUAAUGUCAACCCCGAUAGAUCCAAGAGUCGUAGAAACUUCCGAGAGGCUUGAGGCUCCAAGCAAACCUAAUACUAGGCUGCAAAAGCGGUUGCAAAGCCAAGGACUCCAACAGCCUCUGCCUUAAGGUUCUACAUCGACAAUAACACAAGACACAUUGAACACAAUAAUUUGCAUUUAAUCAAAAAAGAAAUAUAGAAAUAGAAAAAAGAAAAAUAGCAUGAUACAUAAUUUGUAAACAACAUUUGAUGACGCCAAAACUUGGACGCGUCAUCAUUUCUUUUUUCGGCAACUUUCAUAUACAAUAUUCAGAAUUCAAAAAUAUUUUUGUAAACAAUUCACUUUUGUUGCGAAAAUAAAACAAUAAAAAUAA